AUGUCUCAAGAAGCGGACGGGGGUCAGUGGAGGGUCAAACGUAGAAAACUCGAAUCAGAUGACAACCGAGAGGGUUUGCAGAGCUUCCGGUAUGGCCAGUAUGGCCAGGUUGUGUCCGGAGCUCUGAAGAUGGAAUUGGCUAGCUGUGACGGAGGCACUUAUGAAACCGACGGUGAAAGCACAUGGCCGGAGAACGUCCUUCGCAACGACUCGUCUGUUUACUGUACAAAAUCAGACCGGUGUAAUCUGAUCUUGAAGCAUCGUGGAGAGACCCCGUUCUGCUUGAAGAAGAUUGUGAUCAAGGCUCCCAAGUCUGGCUACGAUGCUCCCCCAGUACCAGAUUCAGUAUACAUCUUCUCGACGAAACCGGCGAAAUCGUCGGACCGAAAUGCAGCUUCCCAGGAAUAUCUGAAUGCGCACCGGCAUCCCCUACAAUCUCUGACUGGUCGGGACUCUUAUUCAGAGUCGGAUACCGAUAUCAGUGACCCCACAGGGCUAAAUGCUGGCGCCAUUCCUGACCCGAUGUCGGGGUUUCGGAUUGUAACAGACUAUGAUGAGCGUUCUGAGGACGGUCACGACGGUGAUCAGAGAUAUGUGAACGACCUACCACCUCUUGCGGAUGUCGAGAGACUACAGAUGGACCAGAUGGAGGACGAUUUCCUUUGCUCGGACAGUGAUGAUAGCGAUAGCGAUGAAGAUACAUCCGAGUUAAAUACGUACAACCGUCGACGCCGUGAGCUACUCAGGCGCGUGACAUCCAUGCGUCGCCGAUACGCCAUGGAAAGAAAUGGGCAGCCAAGACGACGUCCGAUCCCCAGUAUUAUUCAACCUAUACCACAGUCCUCCCCCUCGGGUCCAAACGCCGGAUCCGAUGCCCAGAAUCCUAAUCUAGAAUUGUUGAAACCCCACGCUCGUUUCUUCAUUGAACGAACCAAGAGCAUGGUCAGCAUUACAUUCGAUCCACCUCCUUCUGGGCGAUACAUCCUGAUCAAGCUAUGGAGCCCUCACAACGGAGGCAACAUUGAUAUACAGAGCAUCAUAGCACAUGGCUACGCUGGGCCAAGAUUCUUCCCUGCCGGAGGCUUCAGAUAGAUAAGCCUCAUGAGCUCUUAUCUAUGACGGAAUGCUAGGCUACCGAAGCAUUA